UAGAAUCAGUGCGUGGCAGUACUGAGAGUUUGGCCACAAACAACUGACAAGCAAAGUCACAUUCCAACGAACAAGCCUGCUGUGGGCCUUGCGUGUCUAUGCUGCUCCUGUCGCCCACUCAUGAGAUCCACGACGACCACCCACGCGUGGACUUCCUGCAAAUUGACCCAAGACCCAGCACAGCCGCCAUGGAUCAGUCUAUCGCCGUCCAAGACACCCUGCAAGGAGACGAAAACUGCAUCAUAGCUCUACAAUGUGACGUCCUCACGCAUGACAAGACUGAAAGCCGACUGCUGGGAUUGGUGGAGUCUGUGAAACAGCAUGCAAUCUUUAUUUAUACCCAUCGGAGGAUGGCCAUUACGGCGGAUGACGUGUCUCUGGAGGACGUCGUACCGAUCGACCUCGACUUUGCUGUUGUCGAGAUUUCCUCCCCAGAGGAGCUGGCACUUGUUGGUGCUGAUACGAGAGUGCGAAUGAGUUACAAGGACGAGAGUCUGGAGCUUCGACUUCCUUUUGGCUCCCACUCGCGACUCUUUCUUGGCGAGGUCAUCCGGGCAUGGAGCGAUAUUUGCAAGUUUCCGACGCAAGAAGCCAAGUUUGAGUGGAUCAACAAAUACCGAGCUGCCACCAGAGGCCAGGGACUUGUCAAACAAGCCUUCGCACCCCUCGGCACAACGUUAAAUAAACUCAACCAGCACAGGAAAACAGAAAAGUCGACAGACAAGAAAAAGCGGAGCUUGGAACGCAUGAAAGGCUCCAACAGCACUACGCACAACUCCAGCACAGAGAGCCAGGGCGUCUCCAGCCGGGACGAGCGGGAUGACCUGGUGCGCUCCUCCAGCCACAUGGCGUCCAACAAAUCUCACAUUCUAGCCAUGCCGCAGUUCGGCUUACGAGAUAACCUCAUCAGGUGCGAGCUGCUGAAGAACGAGGACCUGUACAUUUACAGAGAGCAUUUCAGCUUUUUCCUGGGCACGUACAAUGUAAACGGGCAGACACCGAAAGAAAGCCUCCGUCCAUGGCUGAGCUGUACGCUCGACCCUCCUGACAUGUACUGUGUGGGUUUCCAGGAGCUCGACCUCAGCAAAGAGGCUUUCUUCUUCAACGACACUCCCAAAGAGCUGGAGUGGACAAAGGCCGUGUCCGACGCCUUGCAUCCUGAUGCGAAGUAUGCCUUAGUGAAGUUGAUGCGGCUGGUGGGCAUUAUGCUGCUCUUCUAUGUAAAGAAGGAGCACGCCGAGUUCAUCUCAGAUGUGGAGGUGGAGUCGGUGGGAACUGGCAUUAUGGGGAGGAUGGGAAACAAAGGUGCAGUGGGCCUCCGCUUUCGCUUUCACAAUUCUGACAUCUGUGUGAUCAACUGUCACCUGGCGGCGCACGUGGAAGAGUAUGAGAGGCGCAAUCAGGACUACAAAGACAUUUGCAGCCGCCUGCAAUUUCGCCAGAUUGACCCUACACAGCCACCGCUGACCAUCAUGAAGCAUGAUGUGGUCUUAUGGAUCGGAGACCUUAACUACAGGAUCAGUGACCUGGAUGUCAGCAACGUGAAGGAUCUCAUCAGCAAGAAGGACUUUGAGAUGCUGCACACAUAUGAUCAGCUCAAGAGGCAGAUCGAUGAGGAAGCAGUGUUCGUUGGCUUCGUGGAGGGGGAGAUUGAUUUCCAGCCCACCUACAAAUACGACACCGGUUCCGACACGUGGGAUACGAGUGAAAAAUGUCGUGUGCCUGCGUGGUGCGACCGUAUCCUGUGGCGAGGGAAGGACAUCAGUCAGCAGCAUUACCAGAGUCACAUGACACUGAAGACCAGUGACCACAAACCUGUCAGUUCCCUGCUCAUCGUUGGGAUCAAGAGAGUUAAUGCGGAAUCCUACAAGAAAACCUUUGAAGAGAUUGUUCGCAAUUUAGACAAAAUGGAAAACGAGUGCAUUCCAUCUGUAACCUUGUCCAAACGAGAGUUCCACUUUGAGAAUGUGAAGUACAUGGAGCACCAAGCCAGGACGCUGAGUCUCGUCAACGACGGCCAGGUGCCGUGUCAGUUUGAAUUCAUCCGGAAGCCAAACGAGGCCACGUACUGCAAGCCUUGGCUCACCGCCAAUCCCCCCAAAGGGUUCAUCGCUCAGGACGCUUCUGUGGACAUUGACCUUGAGGUUUUCGUGAACCGCGCCACAGCGCCUGAGUUAAAUUCUGGCAAGCAAGAUAUCGAAGACAUCUUGGUCCUCCACCUAGAGCGCGGCAAAGAUUACUUCAUCUCUGUGACGGGAAGCUACCUGCCCAGUUGCUACGGCACCCCCAUCCAUGUAUUGUGUCGGCUAAGGGAGCCCAUCCAGGACAUGGCUCAGGAGACCCUCCGUCAACUGAUGGCGACGUCCGUGAAUGAAAACACAGGAAGCAUCGAAAAGCCUCUCGACAUCCCGAAAGAACUCUGGAUGAUGGUGGAUCACUUGUUUCGCAAUGCAAUCAAACAGGAAGACAUAUUUCAGCAACCUGGACUCCGGAGCGAAUUUGCUGAAAUACGGGACUGCCUUGACACUGGCAUGGCGGAUUCUCUCUCUGGCAGUAACCACUCAGUAGCAGAGGCCUUGCUUCUCUUCCUGGAUGCCCUUCCAGAGCCGGUCAUUCCCUACGCUUUCUACCAGCAGUGCCUCGAAUGUUGCUCCGAUGCGAUUCAGUGUGAGAAGGUCAUUUCCAUGCUACCUCAGUGCCACCGAAAUGUUUUUAAUUAUCUAACUGCCUUUCUGCGGGAGCUGCUGAAACAUUCUGCGAGCAAUCGAUUAGAUGUUACCAUCGUAGCCACCAUCUUUGCCUCAAUGUUCCUGCGGUCGCCAACCAAGCAGGACCUUGCGGAGAAGAGGAAGGCACGGGAGUUCUUUCAGCACUUCUUAGGCCAGGCCUCACCCUAGACAGAGGACCACGUGUAAAUAAAACACUAAAAGAAGAAAGCUAUUGUCCUAUAUUUGAAAUAAACUGUUAAUAAUUUUGCAUAUUUUUUGGAGUAGUCUUCAGACACAUUAAAAAAGGUGUUGUAUACAGUAAAUAUGAAAGACUAUAUGAUAUGUUUGCAAUCUGUGGAUUUUGUUUCUUGUUGAGCGUCUUUUUAUUUAAAAUAUAUAUAUUUUAAUGUUUCUGAUCGACAAUAUAAUUGUUUUUUACAUAAAAAGUUGUUGGAAAAGUACUGUUUCUUUUUAUUCUUGGCACAUUAAACCCUGUAUAUCUUAUCUUGGUGUUAUCGGUGACAAAACAAAAUUAGUUUAGUAUUAGUGUGAUCUCUACUGUAAAUGUU